CCCAAUUCUUAUCUAUCUCGAUGAUUUUAAUAUAAAUUCUUAUAGGUAAUAUCCCUGAAAAAGGAAUGACUGAGUCGGUCUCUCUCGCACAUAUAUUGGUUUCAAUACAUUUCAUUAAUGCGCGAUCUAUUUAUUUUAAGUCUUUGGUAUUAUGGCUCAACGGUCCGCCUAGCGGAUACCGUAAAAUGGUGGGGAGGGUUAUGGGCGUCGCCUAAUCUGUCGUCGUUGUCGUCGGUCGGGUAAUUUUGUUACAAAAUAUACUUGAGCUCACUAGUUCACCUACAAAUCAACUCAGUCUCGUUUUUGAGUCAUAGCUGUGCGGUACUGUGAAACUGUGGAAGAGAAUACAAUCGUCACUGUUCAUCUCGUGUAUGUCUCGUGUACUCAGCUGUAAAAUGUUUCCAUUGGCAAAAUUAGCUUACUACGCUUGCAGCGAUGAUGAAAAAUUUAUUUAUGACGAGUUGGAAACUUUAAAAAUUGACAUUCAACCCUGUUGUAUCGACAUUAUAAGAUACCAGCAAAAAAAGUCAACAUUAAAUAUUGGGGAAUAUGAUAUCGCUGUUCAAUUUAUGGAUGAUGAAGAUUACACGAUGAGCGAAAAAGCCGCUGCCAGUGGUCACAUAAUGUGCUUAGAGUUCGCUGAAGGCUGCGGGUUCCCGUGGACAAGAAGAGUACGUGCAAGGGCCGCCAAAAAUGCAAUUAAUUGCCGUAAUAACACUCGUUUUCGAUCAUUUGAUAGCGUUAUAUGCAAAGAAGCUGCAUGUAAUGGCCAACUGGAGUGUCUAAUGUACCUCUACAACAAUGGCUGUUUAUGGGACGAAGACACGUGUAGGGCGGCCGCGGAAGGUGGGCACAUGGACAUGCUGCGGUAUGCCCAUGAAAACGGCUGCCGUUGGGACCAGAACACGUGUUCGGGGGCCGCAAAAAAUGGGCAUAUGGACAUGCUGCGUUAUGCCCAUGAAAACGGCUGCCCGUGGGACGGGAGCACGUGUGAAGUGGCUGCGUUUUAUGGGCACAUGGACGUGCUGCAGUACGCCCAUGAAAACGGCUGCCCAUGGUACGAGGACACGUGUUCGGCGGCCGCGCAAAAAGGGCAAAUGGACGUGCUGCGGUAUGCCCAUGAAAAUGGCUGCCCUUGGAACGAGGACACGUGUGAAGCGGCCGCGUUUAAUGGGCACAUGGGCGUGCUGCAGUACGCCCAUGAAAACGGCUGCCCGUGGAACGAGGACACGUGUUCGGCAGCCGCGCAAAAAGGGCAUAUGGACUUGCUGCGGUAUGCCCAUGAAAAUGGCUGCGGUUGGGAUGAGAACACGUGUUCGGCAGCCGCGCGAAAUGGGAACAUGGGCAUGCUGCGGUAUGCGCAUGAAAACGGCUGCCCUUGGGAUGAGAACACGUGUUCGGCGGCCGCGCAAAAAGGGCACGUGGACGUGCUGCGGUAUGCCCAUGAAAGUGGCUGCCCGUGGAACGAGGACACGUGUGAAGCGGCCGCGUUUAAUGGGCACAUGGGCGUGCUGCGGUAUGCCCAUGAAAGUGGCUGCCCGUGGAACGAGGACACGUGUGAAGCGGCCGCAUUUAAUGGGCACAUGGGCGUGCUGCGGUAUGCCCAUGAAAACGGCUGCCCGUGGAACGAGAACACGUGUUCCCUGGCUGCAAAAUUUGGCUAUAUUGAUUUGCUGCGGUAUGCCUAUGAACGGGGCUGCCCGUGGGACAAAUAUUCGUGUUAACCGGCCGCGAAAAACGGACAAGGCUCAUGUCUGGAAAAUGGAUGCUUGGAGUUUGAGGUAUCCGUGCAAGAAUGGCCAGUAUUGCAAGAAUGACAAAAUUUGCAAAAAAGU